AUGUCCUUCACUUCUAUUAUUCUCUAAGAAUAGAAGAAACAAAGGAGCUUUUAAAUAAUCUAAAAAGAGAAUAUUUGGGAUGAAUAAAAGUAGAGAAGAAAAAGUUGUACUUGUCAUGAUUGUGGAAAAUUGAACUAAUUUUAAUACAAGCAUAUGAAUGUUCCUAGUUAUAUACAAUAAUAUUCAAAAAUUAAAACUAAUUUAAACCAUAACUUUAAAUCUUCAUCUUAAAGACAUAUCAGUUAUGAUAAUAUUAGAAUUGGAAUUAAUGGUGAGGAUAAAAUCUUUAAAUGUUUACAUAUAUAAAAAAAAUAUAAGAGAUAAAAAAGUUGUGAUUGUUAACAAUGUGGGAUGAAUAGUAAAUUUCAAGAAUUUAGUAAAUCAAUAAAAAUAAAUAUAGAGAAAAAUAAAAAAAUGAAUCGAAAGUAGAAUUUAGAAUAAAUAUUCAAAGGAAUAAGUCCAAUAAGAUUAGUUUAAUAGGAUGAUAAUUUUGAUAUAGAGAAUAAUUAAAAUAAUAAGAAUAUUUGCAAUCUUUUUAAUUAAGUUGUUCAUAAAACAUUUAAGAGAUAAUUAGUUAAACCUAAGAAAUAAAUAAAUGGAGGAUAAUAAAAUAGAAAUAUUCUAAAGAGUGAACAAGGAAAAUAUAAUUUAAAGACAAAUUCUAGUAGUAGAGAAUUUGGAGGGAAAUGUGAUACGAAUAAGAAACUAAAUCUUCCAAUGGUUAAAAGUUCUUAUAUGAAGACAAUCGAAAUACUAAAUAUUUAUGAGGUUUAAAAAUAUAAUCCAAAAUUUAGUAAUCGUUAAUGA